GGCUCUUUGUGGGGCCGUGAGCUCGGUGGAGAACCUAGAGCUCCGUCUGCUCCGACGCCACAGGCAGUGGGGCUGUCUCCGGGAAGCAGACCGGCGAACGCCCAUGCCCGCAUUCGCAGCUAGCCGCACCUGUCUGCUCCCGUGACAUCCUUCCCUGGGACGCAGUGACCCUUUUUAAAUUACAAGGGCGUGGGUCAGGCUCCCCUAGGACUUCAUGUCUGUAUAUUUCCCCAUUCACUGCCCUGACUAUCUGAGAUCAGCCGAGAUGACUGAGGUGAUGCUGAACACCCCAUCCAUGGAGGAGAUUGGCCUCAACCCCCGAAAGGAUGGCCUUUCCUACCAGAUUUUCCCCGACCCCUCAGACUUCGACCGCUGCUGCAAACUGAAGGAUCGUCUGCCCUCCAUCGUGGUGGAGCCCACAGAGGGGGAGGUGGAGAGUGGGGAGCUCCGGUGGCCCCCCGAGGAGUUCUUGGUCCAGGAGGAUGAGCAGGACAACUGUGAAGAGACAGCGAAGGAGAACAAGGAGCAGUAGAGUCCGCGCCGGCUCCCAUGGGGUCACCCCAGGCAGCAUCUGUACCUGAACUGUAUUCUUUCCCACUACGAUGGAAGGAGCGUGUGAGCCACAACAGUUCUGAAAACAGCGGAUGAUGGCUUCCGUUUUGCACCUGCAAAUCACUGAGUUGGUUUUCUUUUCUUUUCUUUUCCUUUUUUGAGAUGUCGAGCAGCAGAGCCGUCAGCGACACCGUGCCAGGCCUUCUGAGAAAGGCAGCUGCUUAGAGCAGG